ACAUGCACAUACACACACAGGCGGUGUCUCCAGUCGUGCCCACACGCUGCUCUGGUCUAGCCCUGAGGGUGAGCAGGCAUCACAGGACGAGGGGACCAGAGCUGAGGAGAGACAGACCAGACCAGGACAGGGCAUGGGCUGCUGCGGAGGUGGCAGCAAUCUCCACCCAUGGCUGGGAGACGGCAGACCCCCAGGGGUGUCACCCCCAGAUAGCUAGCUCACUCCAUUGGCCACAGCUGGCUGUGUACCCAGGCCAGACUGCAAACCUGAAGUCUUGAUGGUAGAAGCAGCCCCGCUGCUACCUGGAGAGGUUGUAGCCUGGGCUUGGGGUUGGAUGAACCUGAGAGGUCCUUGCUCCCCCUUACCGGCCGGGUGACCUUUGCAAGCUCCCUAACGCCCCCCCCCAACCUAGGCUGUUUUGUGGGGGCAGAUUCCCACCCUCAGUGCUGCUGGCAUUUGGGGUCCAGUGAUUCUUUGUGUGGGGGCCAUCCUGUGCCCUAUAGGGUGCUGAGCAGCAUCCCUGGCCUUCACCCACUUGCUGCUGGUAGCAUCCCCUGUCUUUACAACCAAAAAGUAUGUUUCCUAGAAAUGCCAUUGCCGCUGUCCCCUGUGGCAGUGACUGCUGGCCCAGUGCCUCCCUCUGCACUGGCCCUUCUCUUUAUCUAGGGACAUGGGUGGCCUUGCUCCUCUGGCUGUACUUGGCUGGUGGAGGAGUGGUGGGAGGGGAACCCCAGGUUCUGUGUGCCCACGUACUCAUAUCAGUGGCAUUGCAGCAGUCCCAGGGGCAAGGCAAUGACUCGGGGACAUUGUAAUUGUCCUUCCGUCACACUCACACAAUACAUUGGCGGCUCCCUCCCCACUCCCCUCUCUUUGCUUGACUGUCAGAAGACACCCAGACAGGUUACUUCUCACUACGUCCCUGCUCCACUACCCCCACUGCCUGUCCUCCCAACAGCCAGUGGGUGCUGCUAGUCCAACAGUCAAAGCCCUCUGCCCCAUGCUGGCCAGGCCAUGGGGUCUGCCCUCCACCUCCUGGCCUUGUCAUCUCCUCGUCUUCCUCCUCCUCAUUACAGCCUCACUGGCUCCCUGGUCCUCCUUCAUGCACUGGACCCUCCUGCCUCAGGGCCGCUGCGCACACUGUUCCCUCUGCCUACAACGCCCUUCCCAGUGGUCUCAGCAGGCUUCUCCCCUCAUUCCUUCAAACAUCUUAGCGUCUGUCCUUGGAGGGGCCAUCUCUGUCCACUCCUUUUGAAACAUGCCCCCUCCCUGUCUAUCCAAUUCCAAUGCAGGGGACAGGGGUUGCUGACUGUUGACUUCGGGUUGAGGGGAAGAGCCAGGUGUGUACUCGGUCCCCUCUGGCCUCUGUGUGGCCCGGCCAGCACUCUGGUCCCAGGUCUGCCUGCUGCACUGCUUGGCCCUUGGACUGUCCUCAGCUUCAUGGCGCUCAGUAGGUCACAGGCCAGUGGCUCCAUUUUCACUUUCCUGCCACCCCCUCACCUGGGAGCCCAGCUGUCAGAGGGGAUGUGCCCUGAGACCCUGGAGACACCAGGUGACCCCCGCAGGAGGUGAGCAUUCAGGAAGCCUCAGUGGACCAGACCUCGGUGGGGGUGCGGGAGCCUGGAGCAGCUCACUGUGGAAGUUCUCUCCCUCUGUGCCCAACGUUCCAGGUUCCGUCGGAAUGUUCCCCCCCACCCCUCAGGGUGCUAGGGACACAGAGACAAGGCAGGUGAGACCCCAUCUUCUAGGUAAUGUUUUGGCAGUCUCGGAGAAAGCACUAGAACGUGGGCCUUGGUGCCACAUGGUGGCUGUGGGAUGGUGGGAGGGGCACUGGAGCUGACCCGGCCAGCCUUGCUCCAUCCACAUGUGAUCGAUCUCAAGAGGCGGAUGGCUAUCCUGUGUCCCCAGCAGGCUGCAGGAGGACCAGGUGACGGAGGAGACAGGCCCAGGCCCCGAUGCCCUGUGGCCCAUUGGCAGGGAAACCUGUGUGAUGCUGUUGCCCCAGGUGGAGAGGCAGGAGAACUAAGACGCAGCGAUGCAUCCGGCAACUCCAGGAGGGAUGGGUGAGAGUUGGGUGAGUGGGGUGGUGAGCGGGGUGGCACAGCGUGACACCUGGCAGUGGGGCUGGGCACAGGCACAGGCCCACUCUCCAGUGUCCUGGGGCAGGAAACACUUGGCUGGUGCUGGCCUGACCCUGGCCCAAACUGCCAAGUAUGCAGGGUGCCCAGGUCUGCUCAGUGUCACCAGUUCCGAGGAGCUGGUUCCGACGUGCACUUACUGCAUGCUCACUGCACGCUCCGAGCCCUUUUUCUCACCAUAUGUUCCCAUCACUCUGAGAUGGGGCAUUAUGGCCAAAAACUGAGGCCCAGGGAAGCCAGGUGCCUGGCGACAUGCUUAGCAAGUGAGCAGCCGAGUGAGGGUGUGAUAGGCCGAUAUACUGAUGCUUGGGGUGGGUGGGGCUCUAUGGACCUGCCCUCCCAUCAGUGAGUCAUAUCGUGAGCCUAUGGGUGCCUGGAGUUCGGCAGCUGCUCCUCUGGGCCCACCGUGCAGUAGGUGCGUCACGGGGCCUUUUUCCUGGUUGGUGGUGUUCCUCUCUGUUCCUCCCCUGUGUGGGCAUUGAGUCACCUCCAGGUUGGGCCAUCACGAAGGAAGCGCUGUGGACGUCCCUGCCAUGUCUUCUGGUGGGCUUAUGUGCUCAUUUCCCUUGGGUCUAUGCCCAACAAGGGACUGCUGGGUUGCAGGGUUUCUUGUAGGUUCUGGAGAUGCUGCUGGACAGUUGCCCAUGUGGCCACAUUAGUUCACAUGCCCAUGAGCCAUGGGCCACAUCCUCGAGACACUCGGUGUUGUCUGUGCUUUCAGUUGUCACCAUUCUUGGAGUAGGGGGUGAUGAGGCGUUCUUGACAUGAGAUGGCAAGACAAGGUGCCAGAGGAGAACUGAGGCUCCCUGUGGGACAAGCCUGCCUUCUCUGGACAGCAACUUUCCAGUGGACCUGGGAGAAAGAGAUAGCAGAGAGCCUGGGGGCAUACCCAGCCGGAAACAGAACUCAGGGCUAAUGGCGAGAGCUCCUGGAUGAUUCUGCCGUUAGCUGUAAAGAGACUGCUGACGGCAUUAUGCUCACGCAGAGGUGCACACACACACAUGCAUACUUGUGUUGCACAGGGGCUUUGUCUGAACGAGUUGGUGGCUGAUGGAUGGGGGCACUCCCAGUCUUCUUGAUCCUGGAGCACAGUGUCCCCAUGUUGCCAAAGAAAAACAUUUCUCUGCAAGUCACAUAUGAGCCCAUGGGCGGGGUUGCCAGAUUUAGCAACUGAAAAUACAGGACAGCCAGUCAAAUUUGAAUUUCAUAUAAGUGACGACUAACUUUUAAUGGAAGUAUGCCCCAAAUAUUGUUUGGGACAUCAAAAAAUAAAAAACCAAACCUAUUGCCAUUGAGUCAAUUCCAGCAGCUGGUGGGUUCGAACCGCCGAAUUUUCGGUUAGCAGCCAAGCGCUUUAACCAUUGUGCCACCAGGGUUCCUUUUGUAUGGGACAUAACUGUACUAAAAAAAUGAUUGGUGCUUGUCCAGACUUCAAAUUUACCUGCGUUUCUCUGUUUUCCCCUGGCAACCCGACCUAGAUGCUGGUUCCAACUCUUUCUCUCUCCCCUCUAGGGAACAAGGACCCAGGUUGGAGAGCCCUGCGGACCCACAGGCACAUCCGUUGGAAGAGGAAGAGCACAUUUCAAACCUUCGGGAAAGACCAUUUGGUGUGCUCCGUCCCCAGCACCGUGCCUCGAGACCCCAUCUGCUGUGGGUGCCGGAUAGGACUUGGGAGCCGCCUGCCUGUGCACAGAGCAGAGGCUGCUCUGCCCUACUGGGUGCCUCUGUCUCUGAGACCCCGGAAACAGAUCCAAAAGAUGGCCCGGGCUUAUAUCCCCAGGACCUCUAAGGUCUGUCCCUGCCCUUGCCACCAAUUUGGGGGUCGCCUCCCGACACCUAGAGACCAGGCAGUGAUGCCCUACUGGGUGCCACGGUACCUGAGGACACAGAAGGUGGAGAAAAGGCAGCAGAGUGUUAAAGCCUUCUCAGAAUGCCCCCUGGACUCGAACUCCUGGUACAAUCGCUGGCGGAUCUGCUGUGACACGCCCUUUCUCCUCAAGUGGCAAGAGCUGCAGGCCCUGCACCACGACACUCCUGCCACAGGGAGGGAAGUCAGCCUCCCUGACCCUGCCCUCCUGCCCCUCGGUCUCAGCUUCCUGACUCUCCUCCAUGCCGUCCUGAGGGUCCUCUCAGUCAUUCGGUGAGCUGGGGCCAGGGGGCAUGGCUGGGCGGCCCAGGCAGGUCCCCACCUUCCUGGGCUGGUCAGCCCCUUGCACAGGGGGUGCGACACUGCCCACCUCACAGGGGCUUGUGACACUCAGUUUGAGGUCGGGGCGUGGAAGGACUUAGUUAUACAGUUAAAGAAAAGGGUGAGAAAUGGAAGCGGCUGCUAUUACUAUUAUGUUGUUAAGGACCCCUAGUGGUGCAGUGGUUUAGCACUUGGCUGCUAACCGAAAGGAAAGGUCAGCUGUUGGAACUCACCAGCCGCUCCGCAGGAGAAAGAUGUGGCCAUCUGCUCUCGUAAAGAUUACAGCCUCGAAAACCCUAUGGGGCAGUUCUGCUCUGUCCUGUAGAAUCACUAAGAGUUGGAAUUGACUCGACGGCAAACAACAACAUUGUAUUGUUAUAAUAUACUUUUAUUACAUUUAACUUAAAUAAUUUAUUAUUAAAUAUAU